AUGAUUAUCGACUGCCCGGCUUGCAACAAGCCCCCAACCCUCCUCCUCCUCCUCACAAAACGGCGCGAAUGCCUUCCUAAACGGCAGCGGCAGCGCCCGGCCCAGCGGGGCCCGGCAUUCCCUCCGUCGGGCUCUCAGCAAAAGCGGCCCGCCGCCGCCGCCGCCUUCUUCCAGACCCCGGCGGCGAAGCGCACGGCCACGUCCUCGUCCACGACGACCUCGGCCCGGGAGCCCGGCGCCGCUGGCGGGCCAGAAGCGCACACGCAGAGCCGCGUGGGGAACCUGGCGCUCUCGCCGACAGCGCACCAGCACACGCCGACGGCGGCUAAGAAGAGCAAGACGCACCGGUCGGCGCCGCUGGCGGAGCGCAUGCGGCCCGACACGCUGGACGACGUGUUUGGGCAGGAUCUGACGGACCAGCUGCCGUCCAUGAUCCUGUGGGGCGCGUCGGGGACGGGCAAGACGACGAUUGCGCGGUGCAUCGCCCGCAUGGUGGGGUCGCGCUUCGUCGAGACCAACGCCACGAGCACGGGCGUGGCCGAGGUCAAGAAGAUGUUCCAGGACGCGCAAAACGAGGCGGCGCUGACGGGCCGCAAGACCAUUAUCUUCUGCGACGAGAUCCACCGCUUCACCAAGGCCCAGCAAGACGUUUUUCUCAAGCCCGUCGAGGCCGGCACCGUCACCCUCAUCGGCGCCACCACCGAGAACCCUUCCUUUCGCGUCCAGGCCGCCCUGCUGUCCCGCUGCCGCACGUUUACCCUCGAGAAGCUGACGGUCGCCCACGUCCAUGCCAUCCUCAAGCGCGCCCUCGCCGCCGAGGCCGAGCACGACGCCCGCCCGCCCGUGUCCGCGCUGCUCGAUGACGAGAUGCUCAAUUACCUGGCGGCCUUUAGCGACGGCGACGCCCGCACCGCCCUCAACCUGCUCGAGAUGGCCCUCUCCCUGGCCCGGCAGCCCGGCGGCGGCGGCGGCGGCGGCGUCACCAAGGAGAGCAUCAAGGCCUCGCUGACCAAGACGCUCGUCUACGACCGCGCCGGCGACCAGCACUACGACACCAUCUCCGCCUUUCACAAAUCCAUCCGCGGCAACGACCCCGACGCCGCCCUCUACUACCUCGCCCGCAUGCUGCAGUCGGGCGAGGACCCUCUUCGUCGCCCGCCGCCUCGUCGUCGUCGCCUCCGAGGACGUCGGCCUCGCCGACAACGCCAUGCUCUCCCUCGCGACCGCCACCUACACCGCCACCCAGCAGAUUGGCAUGCCCGAGGCCCGUAUCCCCUCGCCCACUGCACCGUCGCCCUCUGCCUCGCGCCCAAAUCGACCCGCGCCUACCGCGGCUUCAACAACGCCCUCUCCGCCCUGCGCGAGCCCGGCGUCGCCGCCCUCCCCGUGCCCCUCCACCUGCGCAACGCCCCCACCCGCCUGAUGCAGGACCUCGGCUACGGCGGCGAGUACAAGGACGGCAAGGUCAGCCAGCAGUACCUGCCCAACGACCUCGUCGGUAGGCGGUUCCUCGAGGAUAGGGACUUGGGGACUGCCAUCGACCCGGAUCUGCCCAUGGAUGAGACGUGGGAAACGAAGAAGGAAGGUAGCGUGUAG